AUGGGCACUUCUACCGCAACUCUACCUGCGGAUUUCCUGUGGGGAUUUGCCACGGCCAGCUACCAGAUUGAGGGCGCCGUGAACGAGGAUGGGCGUGGCCCCUCCAUCUGGGACACAUUCUGCCAAAAACCCGGCAAAAUUGCCGACGGCAGUUCCGGCGCAGUUGCCUGCGAUUCCUACCACCGCACACACGAGGACAUUGCGUUGUUGAAGCAGUAUGGGGCGAAGGCGUAUCGGUUUUCGGUUUCCUGGUCUCGAGUGAUUCCGCUUGGCGGUCGCAACGAUCCGGUCAACGAGAAGGGCCUUCAGUUCUAUGUGCGGUUCGUGGACGAUCUGUUGGCUGCGGGGAUCAUUCCCAUGGUCACCCUGUUCCACUGGGACCUACCGGAUGAGCUCGACAAGCGGUACGGGGGGAUGCUUAACCAGAAGGAGUUUGUGGCCGACUACGCCAACUAUGCCCGGAUCAUGUUCAAGGCGCUCAGCCCACGGGUGAAGCACUGGAUCACCUUCAACGAACCGUGGUGCAGCAGCGUUCUAGGAUACAACACCGGCAGCUUCGCGCCCGGGCGUACCAGCGACCGCUCCAAGAGCUCCGUGGGUGACAGUUCGCGCGAGUGCUGGAUCGUCGGGCACAAUUUGCUUGUGGCUCAUGGGGCGGCGGUCAAGAUCUACCGAGAGGAGUUUAAGACACAGGCCGGCGGAGAGAUUGGAAUCACACUCAACGGCGAUUGGACUGAACCAUGGGAUCCCGAGAACCCUGCAGACCGCGAAGCGUGUGACCGCAAGAUCGAGUUUGCCAUUUCCUGGUUUGCGGACCCUAUCUACCACGGGAAGUACCCGGACAGCAUGGUGAAGCAACUCGGGGACCGGCUGCCACGCUGGACUGCCGAAGAGCUAGCCCUAGUGCAGGGUAGCAACGACUUUUACGGGAUGAACCACUACUGCGCGAACUACAUCAAGGCCAAGACGGGCGAGCCGGACAUCAACGAUGUGGCGGGAAAUCUGGAGAUCCUCAUGGAAGACAAGCACGGCCACAGCAUCGGCCCGGUGACGCAAUCGCCCUGGCUGCGGCCGUACGCGAUCGGGUUUCGCAGGCUGCUGAAAUGGCUCAGUGACCGGUACGGCUCCCCCAAGAUCCUCGUCACCGAGAACGGCACCAGCCUCAAGGGCGAGAACGACCUGCCGCUCGACCAGCUGCUUGACGACGAGUUCCGCGCCCAGUACUUCCGCGACUACAUUGGCGCCAUGGCCGACGCAUACACCUUUGACAAGGUAAAUGUCAGGGGAUACAUGGCCUGGAGUUUGAUGGACAACUUUGAAUGGGCCGAAGGCUACGAGACCAGAUUCGGCGUCACCUUCGUCGACUAUGAAAACGACCAGAAGCGCAUCCCCAAGAAGAGCGGCAAGGUGAUUGGGGAGCUGUUUGAAAAGUAUAUUGAGAAGUCGUGA